AUGUCCCUCCAAGGCCAAGUCUCUUUGAUUACCGGCGGCGCAAAGAACCUCGGCGCCGCAACCGCCCGCGAACUAGCCAACGCCGGCGCAUCCCUCGCCCUCCACUACAACUCACCCAGCAGCAAGAACGACGCCGCACAGCUCGAGUCGGAGCUGAAGCAGAAGCACCCCUCUAUCAAGGUGGCUUUUUACCAGGCCGACCUCACGACUGCGGGCGCUGUGGAGAAGCUGUUCCAGCAUACGCUGAAGGACUUCGGCAAGAUUGAUAUUGUUGUGAACAAUGUGGGCAAGGUGUUGAAGAAGCCUAUUACGGAGAUUAGUGAGAAGGAAUAUGAUGAGAUGUUUGCGAUCAACUCCAAGGCUGCUUUCUUCAUCCUGAAAGAAGCCGCUAAGCAUGUUUCGGACGGCGGAAAGAUCAUCUCAGUUGUGACCGCGCUGCUGGGUGCUUUCACUGGCUUCUACACUUCCUAUGCUGGUAGCAAGGCUCCAGUUGAGCACUUCACUCGCGGCGUGUGCAAGGAACUCCAGUCCCGUCGCAUCAGCGUCAACAAUGUUGCUCCCGGUCCCAUGGAUACCCCCUUCUUCUACCCCCAAGAAUCCCCCGAAGCCGUCGAAUUCCACAAAUCCAACGGCCUGGGAGGCCGUCUCACCGAAGUCACCGACAUCGCUCCGAUAAUCAGAUUCCUGUGCACGGAGGGCGGAUGGAUCACGGGCCAAACACUCUUCGCGAACGGUGGUUACACGACUCGGUAG